AUGGAGAGUCUAAUCAACCAUAAAUACCUGCGGUUAUAUUGUGAAUUCCUAGGCAUCCUAUUUAUAGUAUUUACACUACUGUUCAUAAUCGCGCGGUUCAUCAUAUAUUUAUGGCUCAAAUACAAGGCCCGGCAGUUUAAAUGGCGGGGCGGACCCCACACCUGGGCUGUGAUCACCGGCUGCACCGAAGGCAUUGGUCUGGCCUACGCCGAGCAACUGGCAGCCAAAGGUUAUAAUCUACUGCUUAUAAGUCGCAAUGAUGAAAAACUGCAAAAAGUUAAGUCAGACAUCGAGGUAAAAAACAAGUCCGCACGAAAAGUACGUACACUUGCCAUAGACUUCUUCGACACUUCCGACGAGACGUACGACAAGAUUGACCACAUGUUGGACACGUUGGACGAAAUACACGUUUUGGUCAACAACGUCGGCACCAAUUAUCCCAACGAAAAGCCCGAAUACAUGACCAAAAUACCGGGGCUGACACAUGUGAUCAUGAGUUUGAUCAAUGUCAACAUUGUCUCGUGCACACGACUCACAGCCCUAGUGUUGCCACGUAUGGAGCGCAGGGGUCGGGGCGUUAUCAUUAACCUGUCCUCAUUCUCGGCCCUAUACCCGUUUGAGCUAAUGUUUAGCCAUAGCUUACGGUGUGAUUGGAGUGAAUGUAUUAAAUACGCGGAACUCAUUCGGUUAAGUAGUCGACACUUACCGGCGUUUACCACAUAUUGUGAGGCAGUGUUUCGUUACGUCAAGGGCUCGGAGACCGACGACCCGUCCGAAGUGGAAACGGCUGUCCAACUGCUCGCAGUUGUGCCAUCAGUUCGAGUCCGAUAUUUCGGUAAAUCCGUGUCGUUAGAGAAGUCGGCUGUAAUGAGAGCUCAAAAGUUUUCAAACACUAACGAGUGUUCAGUAUUGCCUGAUAUGGUUAGAUCUGUCAUAUAA